GGCGCCGCGCGGGCCCGAUGGAGCCGCGGCCGUGAGGCGCCCCCGGCCCGGCCCCUGCGGCAGCCGGAGGACAUGGACAAACUGACCAUCAUCUCAGGAUGCCUCUUCCUGGCCGCCGACAUCUUCGCCAUCGCCAGCCUGGCGAACCCGGACUGGAUCAACACCGGCGAGUCCGCGGGUGCUCUCACAGUUGGCCUUGUGCGACAGUGUCAAACCAUCCAUGGACGUGACAGGACCUGUAUUCCUCCACGGCUGCCUCCCGAGUGGGUCACUACGUUAUUUUUCAUCAUAAUGGGAAUCAUUUCACUAACUGUCACUUGUGGUUUGCUGGUGGCUUCCCACUGGCGAAGAGAAGCUACUAAAUAUGCCCGCUGGAUAGCUUUCACUGGAAUGAUUCUAUUCUGUAUGGCAGCCCUAAUAUUUCCAAUAGGAUUUUACAUCAAUGAAGUUGGAGGUCAACCAUAUAAAUUACCCAAUAACACAGUGGUUGGGUCUUCGUAUGUACUGUUUGUCUUAUCAAUUUUCUUUACAAUAGUGGGACUUCUAUUUGCUGGCAAAGUUUGUUUACCUGGCUGAUGAAUGUCUGAACUGCAGGACUUUAUUUUGGAAAAGAGCAAGACAUCAGAAUUGCAUUCUCAGGAGGAUGCCUAAAUCAGACUGUCAAACACUGACUGAAAAGAGGAAUGCUUUGACUUGUUCUCACUAUGCACUUUGGAUGAAAAAAAGGAGAGCCUUUCCCAUAACCAAAUACAGCCACCGUGGACUAAUCUCCUGAGCAUACUCUAAUGCAGUCAGGUCUGCACUGUGAUAGGAACUAGUGAAGAAUGCUUUACACUGAGAAGCAGAAAUGCCCCAUGUUACUGGACUGUUCCUGUUUUUAACGUCUAACCAUUUGGAAGUCAAAGUAUUUAUGAACUUUGUGGUAGACCAGAGGGUUGCAGAGGAAUUCAAGUGAGGCUGGCCUCGCUGUUUAGGAGAUUAGUGUUUUACAUCUUCCUUCUGUUGAGCAAAGCCUUUGGCACCACCGUGGAUCAAUCUCGCAUUACUGCACCAAGAAGCCAAUAGAUCAAAACAUGUUCUCUAAAUGUAUGUAACAGCAAGAAGACACACAUCCCCUCCUCCCCCAUGAGCUCUAGGAAACACUAAGGAACGUUCUAAAGGGGGAUCUCUUCCUUAUAUUUAUAUAAAUAUAUAUAUAAAUAUAUAUAUAUAUUUUGCUGAUGCAGUAUACAGUGUGUGUGUAUGUGUGUGUGUGUGUAUAUACACAUAUGUAUAUAUAUAUAUAUGUAUAUACACACAAAUGGUUCCUGGAAAAGAACUCAGAACGCUUUGCUAGCAAAACACUGUGGUGUGCAAAACUAGAACUCAAUAGAAAAAAGCCAUUUCUCUGAAGGCCACAUAGCUGAGAGUCUUCAGUUUACCUCAUUCUUUGUAGCAGCCCUUGAUUUUAACAGUUUUUUGUAAUAGGUACAAACGAUCCCAUGCCUUUCUAGGUGCAAUUUUAAGUUAAGCUAAAAUUCUUUUUAUGGUAAUUUAUUUGUAUAUGAGGGUAGAAGGUGAGAUCAUGUCAUGCCGUAAAGUUAAAAUCCUAAUUUUGGGAAACUGACACUAUUUAAAUUAUUAGCAACUGUUGUACAGAAAAUCUCUUUUUCUACUGCAUUGUGACAUUAGCAUUCAUACAUGUUCAAGCACAGCAUUUUACCAUAGGUAAGCAUUUCUCUAGCACAUGUAAAAUGCAAUGUUUAAAGUAAUGCAAACACUGUUCCACUGCAAAGAUGGAUGAACUUAUUUUCACUCGAGUAUUAAUUCAUCUUUGCCAAAAAAAAAGAGCAAUAUAAUUAUUGAAAAGUAUAUGCCUUGUUUACUAAAGUUGUUAUUUUAAAGGUGGAUUUAAUGACCAACCAAAUUUGGAGUAAAUGUUCCUCACUAAAAGUAGUUUUAUUUUUCAGCACAUGGAUAAACCAUUGAGCCCACAGACGUCUUAAUUCACAGCUGGGUCUAACCUUGCAGACAGUAGUUUGGUGUUGCAGGGAAGCUGCCUGCACUCUCAGUGUUUGUUUUCCAGUUAAUCCAUGGUUCACCUGAGGUUCAUGACGAAAACGAAACCAACGGUGUGUUCUGAGCGCUGCUCCAUUGCGGUUACCGGGGGAACUGCAUUUCUGAAUAGACACUGGCCUAAACUGUGAGGGAAAGUGCAUUUUGGAAUGAGGUGGUUAUUGAAAUAUAAUCAGCAGUUCCCAAAUGAAUCACUGAUGAGAUAAGCUGAAGUGUUUGAAAAGAACACAAUUUGCACAAUUAUUUUAAACCGUGUGCCAUUCAGACCCUAGUGGGUCGCUGUCCUUCUCACCUCUUCCCUCUCCCCCUCCCGCUGUAUUUUAAUACAAAAAGAUUAUUUGCUGAUUUAAGUCUUUUUUUCUUUUGAAAUUUUUGAACAAACUUGUCACUGGAAUGGUUCAUAAGCAACUUUUUCUUUUCCAGUCAGCUCGUUCACAGGUAGAAUGGAGUGUUUAUGGAUAACUAAAUUUUUCUAAAGUAUACUAAUCUGUAAAUACAGCCAGGCACCUACUUUGAAGUAGUGGUUUAAAUAUGAUUUGGUUCCUAAUUUAAGUCUGAGGUCCCUAGUGAUGUUGGUGGAGAUAAAAGGCAGGGUUCAGCUGCUUGAUAUGUGUCAAAAUUUUGGUGUUAUCACUACUGUGUCCUAAGCUAAAGUAUUCACUAAAACUUAGGUUAUAAAUUAUGUUAAAAAAAAAAAAAGGCUGUUAUUUUUUUCAGAAAUGUCACACUUGUAAAUAGUUCUAGAUUUUUGUAACUGGAACACAGGUGGGGGGUGGGGAGGGUUUCUCAGCUGCUAAGAUUUCUUCCCCUUCCCUGCUCCCCCAACGUACUUAUUUCAGUUAUAGUAACGUCAUAUGGAUUUAGGCUUUGAUUAAAUGGAUCAUCAUGUAAUAAAAAUUAAAAAAAACACACUUAUCUUGGAGCAUAUCCAGACUGUGGUUGGCUGACUGGAAAUUUAUCUGAUCUGCCAAUGCUAUUGCUAUGAAUUAUUAAAUGAUAACAGAGAUUUAACAAAUAGAUUUAUUAAAUAUUUGAGCAUUUUAAGUCCAGAAAUAGAUGCAGCCAUUUGCAUUUAAAAAAAGCCCAAUCCAGUAAUUGAAGAGACAGCUGUCAACAGUUGCUUUUAAUAAGGUCACUAAGUACUAUAUAGUACAGUAUUAAUUUAUAGCAGAAAAUCAAAUCUUGUAAACUGUAUAUAAAACACUGUUUUAUGGUGCAAUCAUUUGUCAAACUUAUGUCCGUUACUUUUUUUUUAAAGUUGUGUGCAUUCUUUUCAUACCUAAGAGCAUCACUGUAAAAUCUGCUGAAGACUAUUUAUAGGUUUUAUUUGCACAAGGUUUUGUUUUGAACUACAGGAAGUUCGUAUUGAACAUGCCUAAACAUCUGUAGACUUUUUCAGUUCAUGAAAAGCAAAUGUUUCCAUAGGAAUCUUCUCCAAAGGUAAUCCCAUAUUUGUGUUGAGUGUUUACAUAAACUUUUCUGAUUCUGCCAGCCAUUAUUUUUUACUUCUUGAAGGACAGCUCAUUUCAUACGUCACUAGAGAAUCUCGUUUAGUCUUUUGCCUCAACAUUCCCCCAGAGGUUUGAUGUGCCAUCAUAAUGUAAUUCGUGCACGCUUGUCAUUUCUUUGGCUAACAAUAUGUUAAGAUUGGAAACUUGAAAUACUUUCAGAAGGGAAACUAGUUAAUUUGUCUGUAUAAAUGUCAUCGUUGAGCUCAGCUGAAAUAAUUGCCUGGAAGCUGUUUGUCUCAGACCUGGGGAGGGUGUGCCUCGCUGGGCACACCAGGCUGACCAUUUAACGUGGUUUUCUGUUGUUGCUCUUGCUGGAGAGCGAUAUCGGUGUCCCGCAGACACCGGUAGAGCCCCACCACCCUGUCCCCUGGCCGAGGUGGCACCGCCAGGUUCGGGCUCUCCUGCCAUCCCUGUGUUUCUGAGCCGUUGUUGAACCACUCCAGAACACGACUGUAGGUUACUGUUCGCCCCGACACACACACACACAGGAAAAUGGAAGCUGUCCUUUAAAACCUUUGUGAAGGAUGAACAUAAUGAAGGAAAUGGUGUCUGCAGGCGGGCUGUCCUGCCUGGGCGUGCGUCGCUCCCGCUCGAGGCUGGACCGGCCGCCUGCACCUCCAGCCUUUACUGAGGGUUGUUUUCUAAUUGGUUUAGAGCAUUUUUUUCAAUUAAUGAUUUCCGAACAAAUGUUAAUACAAACUGUAUAAAAUGAACAUAAUUUUCUUCACUUGUAUUUUUGUUAUUGAGCAAGUUUAUCAAAAUAAAUUGUCUACUAAAGCGA